AUGUUUGGUCCAACCGGUAUGGCGGUCCCUGUCAUGCUGCCAUCUUCUUCAGCCAAACCCGCGAACCCUGAUGUAUCUGCAAGUGAGGGGAGCAGCAUGGGGGAUGGCGUUAGCUAUGCUAGCUCUCGAGCAGAUGUAAAGUCUCAGGCAGAGACUCGUCCAUCUUCUUCUGAGAUUGGCCCUGGAGAAGAAAGCAGGAAUCCCUUCGUCGACGAGAUGAUGACCCAAACCAACCUUCUCGUCCUGCCGCCAUCGAAUCCGUCUUAUCAGAUGGCUUAUUUUCUCAAGACCACCGGACCCGUCAAGGAUCCUCCACCGAAACAAACCAAGCCUAAACGGAUCUCAUCUGCCAUGCGCAUCUUUAAAAACAGCAGUAGACGCCCCUCUAAUUCAACGACUGCAGCUCAUAUGAGGCUGAAUCAGGCGAUUUCAGAGGAGAAAGAAGUUCCCGAGUUUCAGACCCAACCCACAGAUGAUGCCUCUCAGACGUCCAAGAAGUCUCUGUUACCAGCAGCGCAAAGACUGCCAGAUGUUGUGGUCCCAAAGAUCUCGAAAACUGGCAAAAAAUAUUAUGAGAUCGAACCGGCCAACCAGAAGACGAAGGUUGACACUCUAGCAAAGAGUCCCGCGAUAGCCGAGUCUAGGGUCUCUGUUCUAGUUACAGAUCAGCUCAGUACAGACAGCCUACAAGAUUGGGUUCUGGGCUUUGAGGCAUCUGCAUCUGAGACCACCUCCCAGGUGCAUGAAGGACCAGAAGCACUCAGAGGAUGGCCAAUCAAACGUAUUUCCCAGACAUUACCACACGAAGAAACCGUCCACGUCCUUGACCGCAAAGCAGUUCCAGUGCGUCCCUUGUUUCUUGGCACAAAGACUCGCACAAUGGCGUCAGGAGGUGACAGGCACGUUCGAGUGAUACGCGGAAAAACAGCACCUCUCCGAAGUCAUCCUGUAACUCCUGGACCAGUACCAAGCAUACCACCGCCAACGUUACCAGAGGAUGAAGUCAGCCCACCUAUCGUCGACCCGGUCAAAUCAGCAACACAUGUCCAACCAAAUCCCAAGCGGUCGAGUGGAAAUGUAUCAGUGCUCCAAAGAACAUCUAGUGAUGUGACUGGUCAUUGUUUGCCACAACCUUCUCGGCCAGGUGUAAGAUCGGUCUCAAGUAGCCCUGGACCUCCACCUCCCCGCAGCCCUUUGCGGUUGUCGAUACCGUCAGAAUCUCUAUGCGAGGUUUUGGGCAGGUCAACUGCGGAAAGCAGUCCCGAUACAUACCUGAAGGACAAGAAACCAGUAAACGAAGAACAAGCGAUUCGGGUGACAAAAGAAGCGGCCGUGAUUUACGCUACUCGGGAGCAAAGGGACAAUGACCUACCUUCCUUCCUUCGACCGGGCAGCAGCGGAACCAGCAGUGAUGUCUUUUGCACAAACACGAAUCAGUCCAAGGCCAGUUCUUCAAAGCCUCUCGAACUCAUCGACGCCAUGGUCAAAGCAUCACAGCAAAAUACAUCACGCCGCCGACUCCGUAGAGCCAGACCUGAGGGUCCUCGGCCGCUUGACUGCAGCAGUUCGCAUUCGCAGCACUCCCUCGAACGCGACCAGAAGCCAGAUGGAUAUUGUACAAGCCCACUUUCCACCAAACGCUCAGCGAGCAUAGGCAAUUUUUCGGAGAAUUAUCGAAUCAUCGCUACCACUGCCUCGCCCUCGCCCAGGAUCAGCAAUGUACGCAUGGCCCCGAGCGCAAGAGGUAGAAACAGUCCGGUGCCACGAUGCAAGACAAGCAAGCGUAGUAGAGGGCCAAAGAGCGUGGCUCCGACGCCUUCACGAGCAGGUAGUACUUCGAAGAAGAGUCAACAGCCGACCACGCCUGAAUUGCCGUCACCACCGCCCAAGAAAGAAUUGCCACCAACUCCACGUGCGAAAAGCAGUAGCAUUCUACAAUCUGAAGACGCGAUAGAUGCAGGGCUAGCGAGGACCAGCUCAACCAAAGACUUACCUGCACCGCCACUGGAUGAUAGUGGACACAGUAUGGUGUUCCCAUCACCACCGUCAAGUGCAAAGACGGCCAGAUUCAGGUUGCAGCCAGGCGAAAGUAGUCCUGUCACAGUCGAGGCAAGGAUGGAGGCACUCGAGCGUAGAAACAAGCUGUUGGAAGCGGCGCUUUCAGCAGUGCUCAAGACGGGAGGCAUGCUCAACGGUUGCCCUUGCCAGGCAUCACACGCACCAGGAGUCGGAUGUCAAGAAGCGGCGACAAGCGAGAGAUUGGUCGCACGAGGGAGUGUACGCAGCAGAGUCAGCUCUGGCAGCAACAUGUCGAGCGCGCUCGAUGUGUAUCUUAACACGAGAGGAAAGUGA